AUGCAGCCAUGCAUGCAUCCGAGACGUAAAUGCUGCUGCUGCCGUUGUGUGAACCGGAAGACCAAGUUUGACUCAAUAGACCCCGCCGCUCUCGGGCUCGGCGCCGUCAACAAGACCCGCGCCCUCGGCCUCCCCGACCAGUGCAGCGUCAAGACGCCGCCGCUCAGCAACUGCGCCUCUGCCCCCACCACGUCGCCAUCCUCCGGCGCGCCGGCGGGACAGGCGCCAACAUCCUCCGGAGCAGGGUCCAAGUCGACGCCGACGGCGGACGUGGGGAGCGGCGGCGCGUCACUCCACAGCUCGGCCGGCAUCAUCGCCGGCUUCAUCGUGGCCGCGGUCUACGCCGUGGCCACCCUAUGAUCUGAUUGGCGGGUCGAUAUCGCGGCCUCUUCUUCUUGUCAUUGUCAGUCAGUCAGUAGUGAUUCCAUUUGAGAUUAUAUAUACUGGGGUUCGGGGAUCGAAUUGGCGCGCAUACAUGUGACAUGUGAAUGUGAUCCAUGGCCGAUUCCAUUUGUUGUACCGUGAGCUUAUCUACUUGAUUCAUUGUUGCC